UGCCCAAAAGGAGACAAAGAGGCAUUCCUACCCAUCCCCCUCCUCACUAGUUCGGCCAGCAGCAAUGGAAAGGAGGAAAGAACCUCUACAACUUCAUCUCCAUAGCCCCAAAUCCGAACUCAAGCUCAAGGGAGUCCAAGAAGAAAGUUUAAGAAGGAAAAAGCUAGGAAAAAGUGUGAAAAUUAAGGAACUUGAUUUAAAGUAUUUUUUAGCCUCGCCGGAGUUUCGUCGGAGUUGGUCAAAGUUCGCCGGAGUUGGUCAAAGUUCGCCGGAGUUGGUCAAAGUUCAAUCAAGAAACGAAGAACGCGCUUAAGCUUAAUUAAGUUUCAGGUAGAACUUGAAGGUUGCUACCACCAGCCGCUGCUUCGGGAAGUUUCUGAGGAGAAGACUUGGUUCGUGCUUCUCCCGUUCUCAUUUUGAAAAACAAUAUGAAUAAUGCUCAUGGAUAAUAUUUUCUGAAUAAUUAUUUUGGGGGCUUGCAUGCCUAAUUAUGCCAAGUGUGGCUUGAACACUUGUAUCAAUUGUUUCCGCUGUUUUAAUAAAUGUUUUACAUUAUGUUUGUUUA